AUGGCGCCUCAGCCAAACUUGAAGUUGGAGAGACUCGGAGCUCAGAGUGCAAAGAAGCUUUCACAUGUGAGGCUGCCCGUCGUUCCAACGGUCUCGGACCCGGACCUGUGGACCUCGACUGGCGCCCUGCCACGCGAUUUGGCGCUGGCAGUGGCAGAUGAUGCGCCCCCAGAGGACGCCAGCGCCUUCUUCACCAAGGCUGGGAUUUUCAUUGGGGCCGGGAGAUCGUCCAUGAGUGUGCCCCUGAGGUUUUCGCAGCCGCCGCACAGGGAUGCACGGCCGGACUCUGAUAUGGGCAGCUUGAGAUCAGUUCAGCGGAUCAGCGGAUCACAGCUGUACAGCAGGCCGCCCUCGUUGCUGCCAUCCUGUCCGCCAUGUGCGAGCCGCUUGCCACUGGCCCAGCACGCGGCACGAGCCGGUCCGUGCUCACGCGUCCCCGGACGGAUCCAGUACCUAGAGUCCCAGGUGAACCGCCUGCUGGUGAAGCGAAUGACAGUCGCGCAGGCCUACAGUGAAGUGACCUUCAGCCUCGUUGCCAACUUCUUCCUCACCACCUUCCCGACGAACAUGCUGAAGUUCCCGGUCUUCGAGAUCAUCAAUAGGGCCAUGAUGUUCACAGACCUGUCGCCGGGAGUCAGUGCGGCGAUUUUGUACAGCCGACAGGUGACCAACUACCGCUUCCGCAAGAGCAUGGGGUGGGAGAUCAAGGCCUCGCUGCUGUACCAAGCGUAUAUCCCGACCGUCGCCCGCGACAUCAUCUAUGGCUGGGCUCGUGGACUGGCCAACACCUACCUGCAGGACACCAUUGCCCCGACCACCUUCACCCACAAGGCCAUGGUCUUCGGCCUGACCAUCUGGGUCUCCUGCAGCUCUGCUGCACAGCUGGGCAUCAUCUCAUCCCCUUGCAACGAGUGGCGAGGGUACACUCUGCAGCCCCCAGACAAGAAGCUGCCUUUCAACAUCUACUUCAAGCCCAUCAACUAUGCUCGAUCCACAGGAAUCGGCUCCUCCAUCAUGGGCAUUGCCCUGAUGUUUGGCAUGCUGGUUACACCUUACGCCGAGGAUGCUUUCGCGUACAUGAAGGAGCACACGGCCCUGGCUCUGGGCAUCGUUGCUGUGCUCAUCGUCGCGAUCGUUAUGGCCACCAAGUAA